GAUCCGAAUUCAUUCUCUCUAAACUCCCUUGUAAAAGCACCCGUGCAUUCUCCGUUAUAAUAUAAAUUGGGCUACAGGUGUUCCACCUAAAGUCCUACCGGUCAAUCUACGAGUUUUUACCUUUCUUACUUUGCCAAAUCAAGCAAACUAUUCUAGACCCGGUCUAGCAUAGUUUGACCGGUCAAGUAAUUUACACCAUCAUUUUUGGCGCCACCCGUGGGACCGUUAAGGUUUCUUCUCUUCUAAAACCUACCCACAAGAAAACCACUCGAAAUGUCUUCCAGCCAACAGAUCAACGCUAUUUCCGCUCAGAUGCAUGCCACCAACGAGGGUACCAGCAUCCAUGCAGCUGCUACCAUACCGGUCAUCUCAGCCCUGGUGUUGCCUUUGGGUCUGAGCUCUGUCCCGACGGCCAGCGUGAUCAGUCCCUUCGCAACCCCCGUCCCUUCUGCUGGACCGAGGGUCAUGGCCAUGUGCCAGCAGAAUGGGGGGAUGCCUUUCCUCCCUGGUAUGUUCCCGUUCGCUCUUCCAGGCGCGGGAACCAUGCCCCUACAAGCCCCGAUGGCGGUGACGUCGUUCCAGACACCGGUGCCGCAUCCAUCACCUUUCCAGCCCCAGCUGGUCAGCACCAUGGCCCCUGUCAACUUGGCCGGUGCACUUAACGCUGCAGGGCCGUCGCGUCCCCCGCAAGCUACGAAUCCGCAGAUCACACCUGACGGUCAUUGCGUCUCGAUUGAGAGCGAUGACGGCGAGUGGGACAUCCCGAGAGCCCACAAGAAGAAGAAAGGAAAAAACAUCCGGCCAGUGACCUCCCGAAACUCCGCCUUCGAAAGGCUGGGGGAUAGGGAGGAAGGCCAGAGGAAGUCAGCCAAGCAAAGGCUGGGGCAGAGCGUUGCCCAUGUCAGCGCAUUCGCCCGGCUAGACGAGGUGCGGGAGGCCAAGCCUGCCCGCACCCGGCGCUCCCGGUCUAACCGGCAGGAGCCAGCGAGGACGAGGGCCUCCCACCAGGAAGAGGAGGCAGAAAGCAAGCCCAGGUUACCGGUGGCGAACCGGUUGACCAUCCCAAACAACCGCGUCCAGCAGAUGGAGGCAAAGCUGGAAAGGCUGGAAAAGAAGGUCGGAGAGAAGAAUGACCGGGACAAACCCCUGGCAGGGUCCCCGUUCACCGCAAGGGUCCAUCUGACACCUUUCCCGCGAAAGGUCAAGAUCGACGCCCCCAGAUUCACCGGGAAGGAAGAUCCGGAAAUCCAUCUGGACUCCUUCAACCAGAGUGCGACCAUGAACGGUUGCACCGAUGAAGAAAAGUGUCUUCUUUUCUUCCAGACCUUGCGGAACCAAGCCACUGAAUGGUUCAAUAAGCUUUGCCCGGGAAGCAUUGACUCGUUCACUGAGAACCUCACUCAGUUCCUUACCCGGUGGAAGGAAGAGGUAGACAAGGUGGAAGAGAUGGAUGACAAGAUCGUCCUCUCCCUCCUCUUGAAUGGCUUGCGUGCUGGGGAACUAUACAAGGAGUUCUGCCGGAAACCCCCAGCCACGUACCAAGAGGCCUACCAUACUGCAUGGGAGUUUGCUGAAGCUCAAACCCAGCUCCGGGCAAAGAGAGAAGCUGAGCAUGGUCACAAGCCCAAGCUGGUGCAAGUCAAGAAGGAAGAAGCACCGGGACCUAGCCGGCCGAGGCACCACUAUGACCCGGUCAUCCGAGUGGUCAAUACGGAAGAAUGCCAAGAAAUCUGGAAAGCACCGGUCAUUCUUCCAGAAAACCCUACCGGUCAAGUAGGGCGGCAGUGGUCGGGCACCUAUUGUUCGUACCACAGGCCAACUGCCCCGGGAGAUGACCGGGACAACGACCGGCGGAGGAAUAACCGACCAAGGGAGCGGCAACCUGCUCCCGAAAGAGAGCACAUCGGCAUGAUCUUCGGCGGACCCGAGGGUGGAGAUUCAGUCGAGCAGCGGAAGAACUGGGUCCGGAGCAUUUACGUUGGAGAGGUAAGUGCUGAACCGCCCAGGCGUAAACAUACUAGGAGGGAGCCUAUCGUCUUUACUGACCGGGAUCUCCCUCCUACCGGUGAAGAUCACAAUGAUCCAUUGGUCAUCACCAUGGACAUUAAUGGGGUGGAUGUCGCCCGGGUGCUUGUUGACACCGGCAGCAGUGUCAACAUCUUAUACCUGGAGACCUUCCAAAAACUUAGGUUGUGUCGAACACAACUUGAACCCCUCAAAACCCCUCUCUCAGGCUUCACGGGGGACACCGUUGAAGCUGAAGGAUCCAUAGUUCUACCGGUCGAACUAGGAUCAGGUGAAAAGACCGUGUGGAAGAAGAUGCGGUUCAUAGUUGUGGACAUCAAAUGCGUCCACAACGCAAUUCUUGGAAGGCCAGGCAUCAAUAGAGUCGGGGCGGUGAUUUCCAUGCCUCAUCUAUGCAUGAAAUUCCACACUCCAGGUGGUGCGGGUGAGGUGAAGGGCGACCAGAGGAACGCCCGGGAGUGCUAUGCCCGGGUAGUCAAGAAGAUGACCAAGGGGGUCAAUGUCAUCUCCCAAGAGAUCACAAAGGGAGAGACCCGGGAGAAAUUGGAGCCCGAGGCCGAGACGGUGGAAAUCGAACUUCACCCGGGUGAUUCUUCGAGGAUGGUCAGAAUUGGAGCAAAUCUCCCCGAGGAUCUCAGGGCACAGAUUACACGGGUCCUCCAAGAAUACGCGGGCAUAUUCGCAUGGAGCGUGGCGGAUAUGCCCGGGAUAGAUCGCUCUGUUAUCUGCCACCGGUUGGCCGUGAGGGAAGGAAGUCGACUGGUACGACAGAAGAAGCGGUACCUGGCCAGUGACCGGCGAGACUUCGUCAAGAAGGAAGUGAAAGACCUCCUCAGUGUUGGUCACAUCCGGGAAGUCAAGUACCCGGAUUGGCUGGCCAACGUAUCUCUGAACCACCCGGCUGAUAUGCGAGCCACGUUCGAUAUCAUGGCAAGAUAUAACCUCCGGCUGAAUCCUAAGAAAUGCAUCUUCGCGGUUCGUACCGGGAAGUUCUUGGGAUUCAUGGUGACCAAGAGAGGAAUAGAGCCCAACCCAGAAAAAAUCCGGGCUAUCACUGAAAUGCAAGCCCCUACCUCCGUAAGGGAUGUUCAGAAGUUGACCGGUCGUUUAGCGGCCCUCAGCCGGUUCCUUUCCCGGUCAGCUGAGAGAUCCUUACCCUUCUUCAAAGUUCUGAAGAAGGCCAACACAUUCGCAUGGGACGAAGAAUGCCGGAGGGCAUUCAAGGAGCUGAAAGAGUACCUAGCGUCGGAUAUUGUAUUGUCUAAACCCGAACCGGGUGAAACUCUGUAUCUGUACCUGGGAAUUUCCCCAAACGCUGUAAGCUCCGUUUUAAUAAGAGAUGAUGGGGCACAAAAGCCCAUUUAUUAUGUGAGCAAAGCACUAAACGGGGCUGAGAGUAGAUAUACGGCGAUGGAAAACACAGCCUAUGCGCUUUUCAUCUCCACAAAAAAGUUAACAUCCUACUUCCAAGCUCACCCGGUGGAAGUCUUGACUGACCAACCGCUGGGUGCAGUGUUGCGAAAUUCAACAUCCUCCGGGAGGAUGGUGAAGUGGGCGAUGAUGUUAACUCAAUUCCACAUUGAGUACCGGCCAAGGUCAGCAAUUAAGGGACAGGCCCUUGCGGACUUCCUAGUAGAAAUGACCGGUCUAACUCCAGACUUACCGGUCAACAAGCCCACUGAGCAAUGGUGGGAGAUGGCAGUUGAUGGGGCGUCCGGUCCUAGAGGAUACGGGGGUGGUAUCGUGUUCACCACCCCAGAAGGGUUCAAGAUCUACCAUGCAAUCGUCUUCAACUUCAAACUGACGAACAAUGAGGCAGAAUAUGAAGCUCUGGCUGGGGGGCUCAGACUUGCCCAAGCCCUGAAAAUCAGACGGCUCUGUAUCAAAUCUGACUCUAGCCUAAUCGUUGAGCAAGUGACCGGUAACAUGGAAGCAAGGGAAGGACGCAUGGCACAAUACAAGGACCUUGUACUUGCCCUGUUGAAAGGCUUCGAAGAGUUCAAGAUCGCCCAAAUUCCCCGGGCGGAAAACGCGGAUGUAGACCUUCUCUCCAAGUUGACGCAGUAUGCUCCCGAGCAUGUUUCAAAACUUGCCCGGGUAGAGAUCCUUGACCGUGCAAGCAUCGAAAAAUUGGAAGUCGCCGCUAUAACGGCUGGUAGCCAAUUUGACCGGUCAAACUUGGUCGGGGCGGACGACCAUUAGAUGUAUGAUCUGAUGGAAUAUUUGAUGGAUGGGAGCUUGCCAGAACAAGAUGACCGGGCAAGAAAGGUGAAGCUCAGGG